AUAACGGGGGUUUCAAGAGUGAGGAUGGCGACAUCUAGCAAGAAUUAGCACCAAACCGAAGUUCAUAAAAGACCAUCAGUUCGCGAUUUCUUCUCACUGAUCAAGUUGAUUCGACGGUGGUAACUCCUUUCUUUUCUUCUGCAUCGAGUAGACAAAAAAAGGCAAAAUGGUCCGGCAGUGGUCAGUGUUGGCAAUGGCGACCUUGAUAUUAGCUGCCUCAUCGUGGGCAGCUCCACAGAACUCUUUCCUUCUGCCAACACCUGUUCCUUCGUGCAGUCGCUGGUGUCAUCAUGAUGUUGACGGUUACUUGUACUGCUGUCAGGAAGAGGAAGGCGUGGGCGCCCACAGUGGGAAAUGCCCAGACACAGCAAUCCAGCCUCACGAGCAGAACAUCCUGGACACAAAAGGAGGAGACGCCCUUCACUGCGAGAGAGACGGAGAUUGCACAAAUAGCCAAAAAUGUUGCUACACCAAAUUCAGACAGCAACGAAUCUGCCGCAAUGUGUAGGUGCUCUGGACGGGGUACCACUGUCGUUGCAAUAUUGUUCUUGUAUUGUGUACAAUGCAAGAGCGUUCAGAUAAUAAAUGCUUCUGAUAUUGAA